GAAGGGGAGGGAGCGGGGGGGGUCCCCAUGCCCUGAGCACCCCCUGCCCCCGCAGAUGGCCAUGGACUCCAACGAGGUGCUGCCCCGCCACUUCGACGCAGCCACCAAGUGGCCCGGGAUGAUCCACGAGCCCCUGGACCAGGGCAACUGCGCCGGCUCCUGGGCCUUCUCCACGGCUGCCGUCGCCUCCGACCGCAUCUCCAUCCACUCCAUGGGGCACAUGACGCCCUCCCUGUCACCCCAAAACCUCCUGUCCUGCGACACCCGCAACCAGCGGGGCUGCAGCGGGGGACGGCUGGAUGGCGCCUGGUGGUACCUGCGCAGGAGGGGGGUGGUGACGGACGAGUGCUACCCCUUCACCAGCCCAGAGAGCCAGCCGGCGGCGCAGCCCUGCAUGAUGCACAGCCGCUCCACGGGCCGGGGCAAGCGGCAGGCCACGGCGCGCUGCCCCAACCCCCAGACCCACGCCAACGACAUCUACCAGUCCACCCCCGCCUACCGCCUCGCCUCCAGCGAGAAGGAGAUCAUGAAGGAGCUGCUGGAGAACGGCCCCGUGCAAGCCAUCCUGGAGGUGCACGAGGAUUUCUUCCUGUACCGCAGCGGGAUCUACCGGCACACGCCGGUGGCCGAGGGGAAGGGGCCGAAGCACCAGCGGCACGGGACCCACUCGGUCAAAAUCACCGGGUAGGGGCAGGGGGCGCUGGG